AUGCGGGCGACACCGUCACUCAUGAGCAAAGGCAUCUGGGCCCGGACUGUGGACGAACUCAAACGACGCGCGAGCAUUGUCGCAAAAGCCGAAGGCAUCAAGGGCCCCUCGGGACCAUACCUACUCCGAGACUUCCGCGUCCCCGGCUCUACCGACGACUGCAAAAUCAUGUGCGACCAAGAGAUCGGCGGCUUCUCACACGGCGCUCUCGAAUGGGUUCCCUUUUCUUCGUCCUCUACGACAACGACCACCUCGCCACAAAGGCAACCGACAAGUAGUACAAAAGGCUACGCUCGCUUCCAUGGCGCGAUAUCCACCGACCUUCCGAAAAACGACCCCAAGAUUCAACGCACGGGAUUUGCAGCAUGGAGAACGCCGGAGCAACGGGCGACGCUGUUGGGCAAGUCGGCUUGGGACAUCGACCCCUACUCAUACCUCGCGAUGCGCGUCAAGUCGGAUGGGCGGAGCUACUUCAUCAACUUGCAGACGGACUCGAUAGAGCCGACGGAUCUGCAUCAGCACCGGUUGUUCGCAAAGAGGCCGGGCGAAUGGGAGACUGUGUUUGUCAAGUGGAACGACUUUGUGCGGACGAAUCAUGGCUUCGUGGUCGAACCACAGAUGGAGAUGCUGCGGUCCAAAGUUAAAACCGUCGGCUUGGGGCUGACGGAUCGUGUGCCGGGCCCGUUUGAGUUGUGCAUUGAGAGGAUCUGGGCGACGAACAACGUCGAGGAGGUGGUUGAGGAGAGUGACGGGGAUAUAUUUGCCGCGCAGGAGGCAAGGAAGACGAGGAUGAGCGAAUUAAGGAAUCGGGAGGGGAAGAGUAUUCGGUGGAAGGAGAGGUGA